AUAUCCUAAGGCCAAUUCCUAGUUGGGAUUAAUCCCAUUCAUUCAAAUUCUUGAUAUAUAUAUAUAUACAUACAUACAUUAUAAGGAUAGAUUGAUAUCAUGAGGAAACCAGACAACAACAAUAAUGUACUAAUGAUGAAGGAAAAGGGCAACAACAACAACAACAACAUUAAUCCAAAGGUUAAGUUGAGGAAGGGUUUGUGGUCUCCCGACGAGGACGAGAAAUUGAUGAAUUACAUGCUAAAAAAUGGACAAGGUUGUUGGAGCGACAUCGCGCGCAAUGCCAACCUCCAACGCUGCGGCAAAAGCUGCCGUCUCCGUUGGAUCAAUUACCUCCGUCCCGAUCUAAAGCGCGGCGCAUUUUCGCCGCAAGAGGAACAACUUAUCAUCCAUUUACAUUCCAUUCUUGGCAAUAGGUGGUCUCAAAUUGCUGCUCGACUUCCAGGCAGGACAGACAACGAAAUCAAGAAUUUCUGGAAUUCAACGAUCAAAAAGAGAUUCAAGAAUGACAACAACAACAACAAAGACAACGAGGGUAACCAUAAAACUCCAACAUCAUUAGUAUCCCCAAACAACGGGGAUGAUAGAUCAGAGUUCAAUAAUGGUCCUAACAGCUUUGGUUGUCCGAAUAUGGGAGGGACACUAUUCAUGCAAGAAUACGAGAUGCCACCUCUUUCGAUGGAUUCCUCUUCUUCUUCGACCUCAUCAAAUUUGCAACCACCCUACAUGGCUUUGCACUCCCUCAUAAACCCUAGCCCUAACCCUAACCCUAACCCUAUCACCAACGAUCAUCGUUAUAAUCAUCACUAUCGAAACAUGUUUGAAGUGCCUUCUUCGGGUGGAUAUUUCGGGCAAUUAGGGUUUGGUGGAAUCGAAGGUGUUUUGGGAAUUGGGGAGCCAUUUGUUAUGGGGUCGGACAAUGAGAAUUUGGUCCCCGGAUUUGAGGCAAGAGGACUAGAGUUUGAACGCAUGAACAACGAUAGAGGCGAGUGUGAAAUUAUGAAUAAGAAAUUUGGCAAGAUUAAUCAAAACUUGUUGAGUAAGAAUGAUGGUGAAAUUAACAAUGAUUUCAUUGCAGAAGAAAUGGUUGGAGUUGGGAAUCAUAAUUGGGACUUAGAAGAAAGCUUGAAAAUGGGAGAAUUGGAUUGGGAGGGUUUGUUGGCUAACAUAUCCUCUUUACCUUAUCUUGCUUCUCAAGGUGAAUAUUAAUCUCUCUCUCUCUCAUGUUCAUCUUGAAUUCUUGAAAAUAUAUCCACAAUCUCAUCAAUCUCACUAGGUAUCUUCAAGAUAAUGAUCGAAGUUAGCUAUCGUAUACUUUUUUUCUUUUGCGAUUUCAAACUGUAUUAAUAUUUUCAAAAUAAAACAUCAAGGCGUAGGUAGCAAUAGAUGGAGAUGUUAUUUGGCGCGGAGAUGUACAUUGUUGUGCUUUCAUAUAUGAUCGAUACAAAAAUGUGAAUAGUACGAACCCAUGAGGGAAUAAG